AUGGCCCAUCCUGGGUCAGAGGCCAGCUAUCUCUUUAAUCCGAGAGCUCCACUGAUCACAAUGCCCUCCGCAGGCCAACAAGUGAUUUUGCUACCAUCCGGUCUCAUGCUUCCUGUCGCCACAUGUUACCAGUCACCGCCACCGAUCGAACUUCAGACCAGACCGUGUAAUCACAUUCCGCCUGACAUGGAACAGAAGCUAACACCAUUACCGAUGCCUCAGCUUUUGCCAGCAGGGUUUCUGCCGCGACAGCUUUCACAGGUAUUAAGAUCUCCCCUAUCUUAUACACAACAAGAGCUUACGCCUCUGCCUCCAUCCUCACAGGAACAGCAUCAAAGGUCUAGCUCGAAGGCGUCUGAGCUCGUGUCUCCAUCAGAUGCUUCUGCGAAUCAUUACCGGAUCGAGAGAAUCUGCUCACAAGAUGGGCAAAGUGGAAAAGAUUUCGGAAAUAGUGUCGAUUUCAACGGCCUGGUUGCAACUUCAAAACGAUUACCAGAAACCAGUAUCUAUGAGGGGCAAGAGGAUGGUGAUGUGGGCGAAGUAGGAAGUGGCUGUGAAGGAAAAGUGGUUACAGAAAUUAAAGAAGUGAAAAAUGGGACAAAAUAUGCCAACGACAAAGAUACAUCUAUUCUUGGGGGAUAUGCUGAAUUUUUCACACAACCUUCGAUAAAGGUAAGGCCCCUCUUUAAUUAUAUAAUUAAAGAAGACCGGCUAAUCGGGUACCCGCGCAUAAGACGGGGCAUGCCUUUACUAAAAUUUAAAUAA